GAUGAAACAAGUGCAGAAAAAUACAGUGAAAUAUUAAAAAUAAAAGAAAAUUUUAUAUAAUUUGUUAAAAAAAAUUCAACCUGGGUAGUCCAUAUAUAAAUCAUACGCCCACGGGCUCGGAAAGCCCGCUUGCUUUACCUAACGAUAUCGCUUUAACGCCUCAAAUUGCUUCACCUUUAUCUUCUGCCUCUUCAACAGCAACUCCAGCCUCUAUUAAUACAAAACCUUUUCAUUUAUCACAAAAUUCGGCAUUCAAUUUAGCUUUACGUUCUACCACAACGUUUAACGCUUUUCAAGCUGCCGUAGCCGCCGGUAUUAACGGUUUCUCUUCGCCUUUACAAACGCCGCCGGUACAAUCACCUCUCAGUUUAUAUUCCCGUUUCCACGAUCGCUGUGAAGAGAGUUCGGAUUAUAGUUCCACCACUAAUACCAACAAUACCGCUAACGAUAACGACAACAUGGAUUUGAUAAAUCCCUACAUGAGACAUCAUUCAUUUGCGGCCGCAGCUGCCCAACAAAAUAACUCGCCAGCAGUUAAUUUGCUAAAUCGCAGUCCGCCUUUGCAUCAUCAUCAAAAUCAUAUAGGUAAUGGGUUUCCAGAUCCCUCACAAAUCGAUUAUCAAAAUCAAUUAUUGGAUUAUCAUAGUGCUGCUGCGGCUGCAGCCUAUGCCGCCAACAAUAACAAUCAUUUAACGGGACCCUUAAUGCUCUUAAAGAAUAACAAUAAUAAUAAUAACAACAAUAAUAUGGAUAAAAUGACCUCAAUGUGCAAAUCCCCUAGAUCUGUCGACGACUCCUCCACACCGCCACCUUUACUCUCCAGUAACGAGAAUAACAAUACAAAUAUUUCACAAACAUCAUCCCGCCUACAGUCUGAAUCGCCCGACAACUGUCACAGUGCUUUGAAUCAAAGAUCACGUUAUGACAACAACUCUAGUCCCGGUGUAGAUAGUUCAAAAUCAUUUUCCGUUAGCCAGCGUUCUAGUGAAGAGGCUGGCAACAACAGUGAAUCAAGUCCUCCGCCCUCAGACUAUAGUCCCGAAAAUCUUUCAAGUCGUAAAUUUACUUCUUCCAAUACGGGCCAUCCCUUGGGCAUACACAACAAUAAUAAUAUUGGUUUGGAACAUAAAUUGCCUUUGAGUUUUUUGGGUCCUCCCUUGGCCGCCUUACAUUCCAUGACCGAAAUGAAAACUGGUAAUGUGGCGGGUAAUGCAGCUCUAAAUGGUGGCCCCUAUGGCGGGCAACAAAAUGUGCAUAUGAUUGGUGAAAAUCGUUCGAAUUCAUCGGGUUCGAAUGCGGGCACAACCAAUACACAGACACAGGGCGUCGCAAAUCCACACGGCAUUGAUACGAUCUUAUCGAAACCACCACCAGUUACAUCGGCGGGAUUAAGUGCUUUAACGGGAGGUGGCCUACCACGAUUUUCCAUAGCGGCGGCUGCAGCCGGCAUGGCCCAAUACCUGUCACAAAAUCAAGGUACCCCAUUGAAAACGCAUGCCGGUCAUAUGGUCGAUAGAACACAUCUGUAUUGGCCGGGUCUACAAGGUCUCGUUGCCAAUCCAAUGGCGUGGCGAGAACGAUUAUCAAAUACAAUGACCGCCAAUUUAUCACAAUCACACCAGCAUCAUUCAGCCAACGAUAAGGAUGGCAAAAAGAAACACACCCGCCCAACAUUUAGUGGACAACAAAUAUUUGCCUUGGAAAAAACGUUCGAACAAACCAAAUAUCUGGCUGGACCAGAAAGAGCUAAACUAGCGUAUGCCUUAGGAAUGACUGAAUCACAAGUUAAGGUUUGGUUUCAAAAUCGUCGCACCAAAUGGCGCAAACGUCAUGCUGCUGAAAUGGCCACCGCCAAACGUAAACAGGAUGACAUGGGUGGUGACAAUGGCGAUGACUGCAGCGAACCCAUGGACAGUGAUAAUGAAAGCUUAGAUAUUGGUGAGAAUCCGGUGCAAAGAAAACGUAAUCGCAUGGAUGAUAAUUAUAGACAUUAA